AUGUCAUUCUGGGGAAAUACCAUUUCACCACCUAGCAAAAAGAAAAAAGAUAUCCAUCCAGCGCCGUCUUCGUCAAAUGAAACACGAAGUUUCCCAAAUGCAACUACGACAGAGCCUGCAAGGAUUGAAAUUAACAACAAAAAAGAAAGAGAAAAUCCGGCACAAGUUAGGAGUAGAAAAAAAAUCUCAGAUCUUGAAUCACAACGUGCAUCCUUGAUAGUCGUACGUGAUUCUGGUUUAUCUACCGUAACAAAGGAACAAAUAAACACUGUGAAAGAAACCAUAAGAAAAGAAAAAACAAAAUUGGACAGAUUGAUUCGUGAAUCAGCUCGUCAAAGAAAACGAAGACAAAAACUUAAAGAGAGCAUCGAAACUGUGUGUCAGAACAUCCCUGAAGCAUCAAGUGCUUUGAAACAGUUUAGUCGAAACCAUACUGGACGACCGCGUCUCGAAGUUGACCAACCAGAGCUUUUAUCAACAAUUAUAAAAAUUGUGCAAAAUUUAUCAGCAGCUGACGAACGUCGAAGAAGAAUGUCUUCGUAG